GUCAGUCAAGUCAAUUAAAUGUCAAAUCAAAAUAGAAGAGACUAAAUCCAGAAAUUGCAUUGUUUUUUCUGAAUUUUUAAUAAUUAUUGUUAUUAAGGAAUACUUCCAGAGCGAUCGUUUUAUUUUCUGCAACAUUUACACCAAAAGAAGAAGAAAAUGACUGAACAACAGAUGGAUUGCGCUUUGGAUUUAAUGAGGAGGCUUCCGCCCCAACAAAUUGAGAAGAAUUUAACAGAUUUGAUCGAUUUAGUCCCAAGUUUGUGCGAAGAUCUCUUGUCGUCCGUCGACCAGCCGUUGAAGAUCGCUCAAGAUCGCAGCACUGGGAAGGAUUACUUGUUAUGUGAUUAUAAUCGAGACGGUGAUUCGUACAGAUCGCCUUGGUCAAAUACGUACGAUCCACCAUUGGAGGAUGGGUCAAUGCCGUCUGAAAAAUUGAGGAAGCUUGAGAUAGAAGCUAACUAUGCCUUCGAUCAGUACAGAGAAAUGUAUUUUGAGGGAGGCGUGAGCUCUGUUUAUCUGUGGGACAUGGACCAUGGCUUUGCAGGAGUAAUAUUAAUAAAGAAAGCCGGAGAUGGGUCCCAGAAGAUCAAAGGGUGCUGGGACUCCAUCCACGUCGUAGAGGUAGUUGAGAAGAGUUCGGGCCGCAAUGCCCACUACAAGUUGACGUCCACGGCGAUGCUGUGGCUUCAGACUAACAAGGAAGGCAGUGGUACUAUGAAUCUUGGGGGAAGCUUGACUAGACAGGCUGAGCAGGACUCGCCUGUGAGCGAGGUGACCCCUCACAUCAUCAACAUCGGCCGCAUGGUCGAGGACAUGGAGAACAAGAUUAGGAACACCCUUAAUGACAUCUACUUUGGCAAGACCAAAGACAUAGUGAACGGGCUGCGGUCGGCGGUGCCCGCGCACGUGACGCAGCGCACGGCCGCGCUGCAGCACGACCUCGCCGUCGCGCUGCAGCGGCGUCACGUCGCGCGGAUCGACUGAGCCGACAACGAUGAGGUGGAAAUUUGGGGUACAGACUCAUAAUGAAGCCACCGCAAGCAUCCUUGACAUGAUGUUUAAAUUUAGUUUCGAGUCGUGAGAAAUUUCAUUCAAAAAUAACGAAGAUUACUCCAAAUACAUUUUAAGCUCAUAGUUGAAGUCCUAGUAUUAAGAAUUGCGAAAACUAAUGAAAGUAUAUAUAUUUUUUUCGAUGUAAUUACCGAUGUAAAAAUUAAGAUUCUCUUUGAGGUACUUGUAGAGAUAGAAACAAGAAGCUGGGGGUAAUUAUAGAGGCUGCCAAGUCUAAUGUCGGCUACACACUAUCGGCAAACUCAGAUGCUGACCCGAAUGGAUGAGAAUUGCGUGGUUUGUAUAAGAGCUAUUACUUACCGCAAUGGAAAACCAACAAUGUAUGCCAAAUUUUCCAAUUUCAGCGAACUGUGUCGCUAUGAUGUAUAAUCGGCGUCAAUGUCAUUUUUAAAAGACAAACAUUUUUCUUAUACGCGUAGCCCUUAUUGUGUAAAAAUAAAAAUUUUUAAAAGCCUAAAAAAUAUCACUACGUAUAGGAAAACUGGAAGGCGGCCUCUUUUAAUUAGAGCUUCUUGGUAAUAAAUUAAUCAAUGCGACCUCUUUGGUGCUUUGAAGAAAAUAGUAGUAAAAUAGUCCAUAUAUUUCUGUAUUUUUGUCUUUUAGAAUUUAUUCGAAAAUUCUAUUAUAGUAUCGAUAAUAAGCUUUCAUUGUAUUGAUUUAUUACCCUACGUAUCCAUCUCACUGUUAUAUUGCAUUUUUAUUGCUUAGUAUUUUUUAUUGUGAAUUAGAGAAAGUGUAUUUUAAAUUAAGGUAUACUGUAAGAUUCAGUAGUAGCGAUUACGUCGAUUAUAUUGCGAUUUUAUUUUGAUUUAUCAGUUGGAUACUGGCCUCUCUAAUAAAGAAAUAUUUAUCUGA